UGGUAGCGCUGCGGUCACACUGUUUUGGAUUGUACACGCGAUUUAGGCAGCAAAAUCGAACAAAACCGAGUGUUAGAAUUGUGCUAGUAAUACCGCCGCCCGCGGCCGCAAAAAAAAAACGAUCGCCGAAACCCCAACCCCAAAAAAAGAGCCCCGUUAAAAGAGAAAUAACCCACGAAAUAUCCUCCCAAAAAAGGAGGAAAAAAUCGCAAGUUGUUGUUGCCAUUGCUGCUGAAAAAGAAAGAGAGAGAGUGAAAGGGAGGGAGUGUGUGAGUGAGGCUAUCUCUCUCAAACGCACAGUGACUGUGUUUUCCUUUUUUCGAUUUUGUUUUUGUGGCCGCCAACAACAAAAGUCCAGCAAUCCGUUAUUUUUGUGCAAGUGUGAAAGUUCAACGGAGCGCGCCUGUGUGUGUGUGUGCCGCCAAACAACAACAAAAACCGUGCACAACAAAACAAAAUUCACACACGCGCAUGUGUGUGUGUGUGCGCGAGAAAAAUCGAAGAAGUGCUGGCCGAAAAAAAUUGAGAAAAAAUAAACCAACCCAAAAAUACAACAACUAAAAUCCCAACAAACAUCCAAUAGUCCAGUAAUCCAGGGGUUAAAGCAAAGAUAAUAUGUCCACCAUUCAGUUCGAGACGAUCGGCAAUCGCCUGCAAUCCUUGGAGGAGAAACUUCAGGAGCAAAAUAAGUCCCACGACCAGAUCGUCCUUUCCGGAUCGCGUGGCUCAGGCGUUUCCGGCUCCGUCGCGGGAUCCCGUAUUCCUCCCCUGGCAACAUCCGCAUCCGCAGCCACAUCCGCCGCCCAUGUACCGCCCCUGGGCUCCGGAAUCAGCAUAGCCCAGCGACCAGCACCUCCAGUUCCUCAGGCGCCAAUUGCCACCGCCUUUUCCUUGUCCACAUCCGCCUCUGCAUCCGCAUCUGCCUCAUCCGCAUCCGCAUCCGCAGCCUCGACGACGGGCGCCUUCGGCGGAGUAUACACCCCGCCCACAACCAGAGUGCCGCGGGCCACGCCCACUCUGCCCAUACCCCCAAGCGGCAGCGGCAUUAACCGGACGCGACCUGUGAUACUGCCGCUGCCCACGCCGCCACAUCCUCCGGUUUCGGAGACGGACAAGAAGUUAAAGAUCAUCAUGGAGCAGACGGGCAAGCUGAACAUCAAUGGGCGGCAGUAUCCGACGGACAUCAAUGACCUCAAGCACCUGGGCGAUCUGGGCAACGGGACCAGCGGGAAUGUGGUGCAGAUGUUGCACCUGUCCAGCAACAUGAUCAUCGCCGUGAAGCAGAUGCGGCGCACUGGCAAUGCGGAGGAAAACAAGCGCAUCCUGAUGGAUCUGGACGUGGUGCUCAAGUCGCACGACUGCAAGUACAUCGUCAAGUGCCUGGGCUGUUUCGUUCGCGAUCCGGAUGUGUGGAUCUGCAUGGAACUGAUGUCCAUGUGCUUUGACAAGCUGCUUAAGCUCUCCAAGAAGCCAGUGCCCGAACGAAUCCUUGGCAAGGUCACAGUAGCGACGGUCAACGCCUUGUCCUAUCUGAAGGACAAGCACGGGGUCAUCCAUCGCGAUGUGAAGCCCUCGAACAUUCUGAUCGACGAACGUGGCAACAUCAAGCUCUGUGAUUUCGGGAUCAGCGGUCGCCUGGUGGACUCCAAGGCGAACACACGAUCCGCCGGCUGUGCAGCAUAUAUGGCGCCGGAGCGGAUCGACCCCAAGAAACCAAAGUACGACAUUCGUGCCGAUGUGUGGUCGCUGGGCAUAACGCUGGUGGAGCUGGCCACCGCGCGAUCCCCGUACGAAGGAUGCAACACGGACUUCGAGGUGCUCACCAAGGUGCUGGACUCGGAGCCGCCGUGUUUGCCCUAUGGCGAGGGUUUCAACUUUAGUCAGGAGUUCCGCGAUUUCGUUAUCAAGUGCCUCACAAAGAACCAUCAGGACCGACCCAAGUAUCCGGAGCUUCUGGCCCAACCCUUCAUCCGGACCUAUGAAAUAGCCAAAGUAGAUGUACCCAAUUGGUUUCAGGGCAUCAAGGAGAGCCGUCUGCGUGCCAACGGCGAUCCCACGCUCCAGAGGGCAACGGCGACUGGAAGUGGAGCCGGUUCUGGUUCCGUAUCUCUCGCAGGAUCAGGAUCAGCAGGUGGAGCUAUAAAAUAUGGUAGGGCGAUGCCGUAUACGGCGCAGAGUCCCACGAAUCCGCAGAAGACAAUAAAACCCACUCAGAUACCGAGUUACCAGCAGCAGCAGCAACAGUCGCAGUAUUUCAUGCAAUCAGCCACACAACUACCUCAAACAACAACAACAACCACAACACCAACGGCAACGACGAACUGUUUCGGCGGGAGUGGGAGCGGCAGGGGAAACGGUAGCGGAAACGGAAGUGGAAGUGGAAACGGGAGCGGUAGCAGCAGCAGUGCCAGUCCGUUGUCGCCACCAAGCGGAGUCGGCGAUCUUAACCGGCUUUAUCGCAAAUCGCCAUUCAUGCAGCGAAAACAGAGCAACGGAUCCCAUCAUCUCCACUACAAAUACAACGAUGAGAGCCCCAAGAAGGAGUCCAUGUUCAGUAGCAUCGGACAAUCGAUUCUACGCAAUCUGACGACAUCGCCCUUCAGCCAAAAGAAACACAAUUCAACAGCAGCGACUGCAACAACAAUACCACUGCCGCACAACAACCAAACAUUAUUCACGGAUGCAGCAACAGCAAAUGCAAUAACAUCGCCAAAUAUUGCAGCUGCAGCGCCCACGACAACGCCAGUGACCACGCCCACAUGGCGCCUGCCAGCGGACAAUUCCCAAGCCUACGACAGCUGUGAUAGUAGUAGUAAUGCCACCACGACCUUGAACUUGGCCCUCUCCUCACCCUCCCCCUCGCUGCCGCGCAAGCAAUUCCCCACAGAAUCGCCGACCUUGCAACUCGCCAGUCAACAACAACAGCAACAGCAGCAACCACAGCGAUUGCAGCCGGGCAAUCAGAGCCCCAUAGUGCUGCAGCGCUUCUAUCACCAGCAGAAUCAGCUGCGCGAGAAGGAGGCGGCAGAGCGGUACCAGCAGCAGCGCCAGCAGACGCCCGUUGGAGUGACCAGCACGAAUCCGUUUCACAGCAACUAUGUGCCGCCGCCGCCAUCGACGCAUUCCACCUCUAGUCAGUCCUCCACGCAGUCGACGUGCUCGCAGAUCGCCGUCAAUCCCGCCAGCCUAUCCCCAUCGACUGGCUCUGGAAUAGGAACAAUAGGGGGAUUGGGAAUCGGAUCAGGAACAGGAGCGGGGGCGGAGACAGGGACAGGAACGGGAUCAGGAGCAGCUGGUCACUUUGGAGCGGGCGGCAGUGGUGAGCAGUUGCAGUACCAGCCGUUGCCCAUCGCCGCCGAAGCAACGGUCACGAGUCCCACGCUCCUUCCCAGAUCUCCGGAGCAACAGUCGGAUUGCGGAGGGACCAGCUCCAUGGUGGCCAGCAAGCUGAGCAAGCUCUACGUCCGCCGCCAGCUUUUGGGCCAGAGCUCGAGCAGCGGGGCGAGCAGCAGCAGCCUGGAUGGCUGCAGCCGGGAACAGCAAGAUGCCGGCUGGUUCAACACUCUCGCCGGCGCCAUGAAGCGACAGUUUGCCACCUAUGUUAAAACCCAAUUGAAUUCCACAGCCACGUCGCCAGUGGCGGCCAGCAUGGAUCGGGAUCGGGAUCGCGACCGGGAUCAGGAGUUAGUGCAGCAUCCGCAGCCGCCGGCAUACAGGAGCAUCGUUAAUAACGGCAGCGGUGGCAAGUCCUACUACUAUCGCACCUUGUCGGCGGCCAGCAGCAGCAGUAAUACCAGCCAAAGCACCUCGCCCACGACGGAACCGCUGCCGGGAGGCGGCACCAGCAGUUUCCUGCGCCGUUACGGCAACAGCGGACCAGGCGGAAUGGGCAGCGGUGGCGGCGGCAGCAUCAGUACGCCGCCCAGUCCGCACAUCUUGGCCGGUCUGGAUCGCAGGCACCGAAGUCCAGAUCCGCCGCCACGCUACAAUCGCGGACAGUCGCCGCUUUUGCUGCGCAAGAAUCUGCUGGAGCUGAGUGGCCAGCCGCCGGGCUCACCGCUUCUGCACCGCAGAUACGUUUCGGCCUCGCCGCCGCUGCCACCGCCACGCCGAGGAUCUGAAAGCGUGCCAGGAUCACCGCAGCACUUCCGCACCCGCAUCCAUUAUACGCCCGAGCCCCAGAGACGCAUAUACCGCACGAUAGAUCAAUGAGUAGCGCUGCAAAUCAUGGUCAUGUGAUGCUGGUACGGCUUCGACGACGAUGCCGCCGGCGCUGCUGUACACGACGAUGAUCAGAUGGAGGAGCUAAUGGAGCCCGUCUCCAUGCCCGUGUCCGUAUCCGUCUCGUCAGCAGCCGGCGACCCGCUGUCGAUGCCGGCGUAUGCAGAUAACCUGGGCACCAGGUCGUCCGGGAUUAAUCGGCGGCGAUUUGCCGGACGACGGACGUGUUCGGCCAGCGGAUCGUAUGCCAGCUUGUAUUCGGAUAGGGAUGAAUGGCCAGGAGGAUCAUCUGGAGCGGCGGGACCAUCGAAGGCCAGAGCUGGAUAUCCGUGGACAUGUGAUUGAUGACAAACGAAAGUGUUCAAAAGUCUUAUACGUUUAAGUGCUUGAGCCCCAGCGGCGAUUCAUUUGCAUCCGCAUCUGCUAGACACUUAGUUUCGUUGCGCAGCUCCAACUGUACAUAGACAUAUAUCUGUAGGGAUCUAUAUAGACACAUCCGAUAAUAGUGCAAUAGUUGAAAGCAAUUCUGUUCGCCCAACCACUGUAAGCAAAUCUCUUCUCUCUUAUAUAUAUCUAUAUCUGUGUCUGUAUCUCCUUUAAUGGUAACUCUGUAAUCAAAACGUUUACACUUUACACAACGUAAAUUAUUUAACCGUAGCUCUAAAAACAACAAAAAUAGGUAAAUCGAAAUGGAUAUGGAAAAAUCCAGCAAAACAGAAUGAGAAAUUCAAAUGAUUUGUAGCUUUGUAUAUAGAGAGGAGGUGAAGUGCAAAAGUCGUUGCAUUUGCUGUUUGCAAUUUGUUUUAGUUUAUACAUUUCAUUAAACAUCAACUUGUAUGCUGAGUGGAAGGGAAACCAACAACAAACAACAUUAACAAUGGAAUUAUUGUACUGAUUAUUAUAAUUGUUUAAUUUAUUAUGUAAGCGGCAACAAGCUACACUUUAAAUUCAA